AUGAGAGGGGUUGAGACGAGGAGAGGCAAGGGGAACGCGGUGGUAGGAGGAGGGAGUAGAGGCGGGGUAAGUGGGGGUUCGGAUUUGGGGAAGAAGAAAUUGCACUGGAAGCAGAGGAAAGCGAUGGAAGAAAAGAAGCAAGCGGAUGAGGGGAAGGGAAAGCAAGAGGGAGAAACUGCUGAGGCGGAUUUGGGGAAGAAGAAAUUGCACUGGAAGCAGAGGAAAGCGAUGGAAGAAAAGAAGCAAGCGGAUGAGGGGAGGAGAAAUAGAGCAGGAGAAAACGGGGAGGCGGAUGAGGGGAAGAAGAAACUGCACUGGAAGCAGAGGAAAGCGAUGGAAGAAAAGAAGCAAGCGGAUGAGGGGAAGGGAAAGCAAGCGGGAGAAACUGCUGAGGCGGAUUUGGGGAAGAAGAAAUUGCACUGGAAGCAGAGGAAAGCGAUGGAAGAAAAGAAGCAAGCGGAUGAGGGGAGGAGAAAUAGAGCAGGAGAAAACGGGGAGGCGGAUGAGGGGAAGAAGAAACUGCACUGGAAGCAGAGGAAAGCGAUGGAAGAAAAGAAGCAAGCGGAUGAGGGGAAGGGAAAGCAAGCGGGAGAAACUGCUGAGGCGGAUUUGGGGAAGAAGAAAUUGCACUGGAAGCACAAGAAAGCAAUGGAAGAAAAGAAGCAAGCGGAUCAGGGGAAGAUAAAGGGGGGUAGGUGGGGGAAUGAAGUGGAGAGAGCUGGAGAGGAGGAGCGGAAGUUGGGACGUGAGGGAGGGGAUGAGAGGGGGGAUGGACGGGGGGAUGAGAGGGGGGAUGGAAGGGGGGAUGAGAGACGGGGGAAAAGGAGAAGGACGUUAGAACGGGGGACACAAGAGAGAGAGGCGGGAGAGGAGGAGGGUGCAGGUGAAGGGGAGGAGAUGAGCACCCGUGGCAAGCUGAUGAAGCCGAUCAGCAAGAAGGUGGCGAGUGGUUCGGCAGAAAGGCGACUUGUGAGUCCACUCAGGAGUCAGCUUGAGAGGGAAGCGGGAGAGGAGGAAGAGGAGGGUGCUGCAGGUGAAGCGGAGGGGACGCUGAGUGGGGUGAGCAGAGGAAAGGCAACGGCGAGUGAAUCGGCUGAAAGGCGGAGGAUCAAGGGAGUGCUUCUGGCAGAGGAGAUUAAGUGGGGGAUAAAGAAGGUGGUGGAAACAGGGAAUCUAGAGCAGAUGACUGUCAUAUCCGUGCAACAGCAGCUAGGGAAGGUUUUCGGGGAGAGCCAUUCGGUGAGCAACAGGCGAGUGAGGGUUUUGGUGACAGAGAUUUUCCAAGAGGAGUGGCAUAUGCUGGAACAGCAGCAGCGUGAGGAGCAUGUUGGGGGGAGUGAGCAACAGGCGAGUGAGGGCUGUGGUGACGGAGAUAUUCUAUUCGGAGAGGAGUGGCAUAUGCUGGAAUGGCAGCGUGAGGGGCACGUUGGGUGGCAGCAGCAGAGGGGCAUGUUGGAAUGGCCGCGUGAAGGUGGCUUUAUGUUGAUUCAGGAGUGA